UAUCUAUGAUGAUAACGAUAACCUAGAAAAAAGUGGUCUUAAUGUUAUAAAUAAUACACUACUUUUUUGUUAUUAGUUAAUCAGAUAUAAUAUUAAAAAAAAGACAAUAAAAACAGACUGUGUUAAUUUAUUAGUUACCUUACAAUAUUGUGAAAGUGUUGGGUUAAUAAAUAUAAUUAACUUUUUUUUUGAGUACAUUAAGUUGUCAAUAUCGUAACCUUAUUUGAUCGUUAAAAUUUGUUUUUGUGUCACGUUCCAUCACAAAUCACAGUGUUUUAUGAGAAUUAUUUAUGCUAAUUAAUGUUAGAAAAUUUGUAAAUAGCAUUUACAGAAUGGCUCCUAAAGUAGUCUUCGUUUUGGGAGGUCCUGGUGCAGGAAAGGGUACACAGUGCCAAAAUAUUGUUAAGGAAUAUGGUUUUGUUCACUUGUCAGCUGGUGAUUUAUUAAGAGAAGAACGUUCAAAGCCUGAAUCAGAAUAUGGGGAAUUAAUAGAGGCUUACAUCAAAGAAGGAAAAAUUGUACCUGUUGACAUUACAUGUAGUUUAUUAGAACGAGCAAUGACUAAUUCUGAAAAGGAUAUGUUUCUUAUUGAUGGUUUUCCAAGGAAUAAGGAUAAUUUAGAUGGUUGGAACAGAAGAUGUGCAAACAAAGUGCAGCUGCUGUUUGUCUUACAUUUUGAUUGCCCCCUUGAAAUAUGUGUAGAGAGAUGCCUGAAUAGGGGAGCAGCUGGAAGUGCUAGAAUUGAUGAUAAUAUAGAAUCAUUAAAGAAAAGAGUAAAUACAUUCAUAAAUGAAACUAAACCUGUUAUCGAUUACUAUAAAACACAAAACUUGGUUAAAGAAAUUGAUGGAUCACGUCCUAAAGAAGAAGUGUUUAAGGACAUAAGAAAAGCCUUUGAUGAUAUUAAAGCAAUGGGAGAUAUAUAAAGUAAUCAUAAUAAAAAUUAAUGAUGUGUAGUACAUACAAAUUUUUAUCACUAGAUAUGCAUUUUUAUUUAAUUAAUUUAGCACAUAUCAUCUGUUUGAACAUUCCAGUAUAAAUUCAUGUCAUAAUUCUUCUAGAAGCUUAGCAAAUGAUGAAUACUUAAUUAUAAUAGUGACUAAACUCUGUGCAAAUUUAAAAAGUCGUGAGUUUUAUUUGUACAGAAAAUAUGUUGUAUUUUUUUGUUAAAUAUAUUCAUAUAUUAAGGAGUUAUUAUAAAUCAAAGAUGAAUAGUGUUGUAUAAAUAAAGUUAUGACAAUA